UGCACCACCAGCGGCCCACCCUCAAGUCCACCCUGCCACCGCUGACUGUGGCACGUCCUUCAACUCUGUGGAACCGCCUGUCCACCUCCACUACCUCCCAAACCCCAUGUUUUCUUCACAGUGUGCCUCAGAUCCCAACUCCUCCGUGCCAUUUUUAUUUUCUUGGGUUUCAAUUGCUUUUCAAAGUUUCUUUCUUUUGGUGAGUGAGUGAGAGAGAGAGAGAGAGAGAGAGAGGCCAUCACCCAUGCGAUUGUGCAACAAGCAUCGACUGAACGUGCAAGGUGUACCAGACCCUGCUCUGGACGGCGAAGUGAGUUCAAGGACUAGCCAGGAAGAUGGAAAGAACAUGAAACAUAAAUGGGAAUGACAAGAGCAAGGACUGCAUAGAAAAAUUCAAGGUGCGACAACUGGGUCCUGAGCUCCACCAGGGGAGGGUCUGACAAGGCUGUGCUGAGGAAACGUUACUAUUUCCUGCCGCAAUGCAAGAACGAGUCAGCCCUGCACUAGUCCGAGGGUAUGGACCCUGUCAGAAGGCACAGUGUGGCGGACACUCGGAGGCAGGGGGUGGUUGUUUCAGAGGGGACGUGUGAAAGGAGACCAGGGAGACUGGAAAGAGCUACGGAGGACAGCAGAGAGGGAGGGUGAGGAGGGCCAGGGCCUGGGGCAGGAGGACGUUGUCACUACUCUGCUCUAGUGCCGUGGGACAAUAUUCCCCCACCCUUAGUGGCUUCCCCAUAAACUUCCCCCCUCACAGGCCCAGGGGACCAGGAAUUCAGCAGGGCUCAGCUGAGGGCUCCUGCCAGAGCCUCUCAGGAGGUUGGGGCUGCUGCCAUCACUCAGACAGAACCUGCUUCACUAACCCCUGAGCCCACUUCAGGGUGGUGGCAGGAUUCAGUCAACAUCGAGUGCCAUAGUUCUUCCCAGUCUGUUGUUGUCUCUCAGGGCUAGGCUGUGUGUACCUGUCCAUGUCACGACUCGACAUGAGGGUUGGUCCCUACUGUGAGGAGCUGAGAGACAACACAGAGAGUGACAGUGAGCAUGUGGCCGUGACAUGCACAUUUUAUCACCUAAACUUGUUUGGUCUGGGGUCAUGGUGCCAUCUUCUUUGCAACAGAAAUCAAACACUACGUCCAUACCACACUCCAGGAAGCAAAUCCCACAAGGAUGUGUUGAGAGGAUGUGGGCAUCCCAGGGAGCCACUGAGGGGAAGAGAAAGUGAAGACCCUGCCAGGGUCAGUGCCUUGGCCAGAAUCACAGACGGGUAGAAAGUCAGAACCAGGCAUGACCCCAACUUCAUGUCCUCAAAAUGGGGUCCUGGACUUGACCCCAGGAUUUCGCGGGGGGCUCUGGAAAAAGGUGUGUUACUGUCACUGGGUGCAGACAUGGAGGUGGCGUGGGGGUGGGGCUGAAGAGGAGCGUCACAGAAGACAUCCCAGCACGUUCUUCCCUGAGGAGGACCCCCAGACCAGGGCAACCCACUGAGUGCCACCCUGUCCCCAUUGUAUGUACCCAGUAGAAAGGCAGGGAAUGGCUCGUGGCACACUACUGACAAAGUCUACAUAAAAGAGAGUUCUGUCCUGCUAGGCCCCAACUCCAAUCCCUUCUGUAGGCAUUGCUGUAGAAAGUAGAGAACCUAAGCUCCUAGGAAAUGUUUGGCCAUCCUUCCCUAGGUGGGAUGUGACCUUCUGGGACCCCAGAAAACAAGCACUGGUAAACACACACACACACACACACUCACGCACGUACGCACACCUGGAAGGACUGCGGGCUGGGAUCAGAGGAGCAGCAGAAUCAGAGGAGGUGAGAAGUUGAAGUCAAUGUGGUUGGAUAAACUUCCAACAGGUGACACCGCUGCUCCAAUUUCACAGGUAUCAUCCCACAUAUGCCUGAGGACAUCCUGAGGACAUCCUGAGGACAUGCCAGAAUGAUCUCCAUUGGGCGGAAAAGACACGGACCAUCCCUGAGAAGCACAGUCGCGAAUCUGGGACCAGAAAGAGGUAAGAAAGAAGAGUUCUGUCUCAACCCAGAUAGGUCUCACAGCUGGGACCCUGCCUGCCCCAGACCUUCCCAGGGGACUGUGGAGAGGGGUGCAUUGGUGGAACUGUGUACCGAUGUGACAUUUCAUGGAGAAUGGGGGUGAGCAGUCAGCAAAGAGAGGACUAUUUGCAAAGGUGUUAUCCCAGAGGGGGACUCAGGAGGUGGAUCCUAGGCAGUGACAUCACUUUGCUCACAAUAGGCCCCAGGAAAGCUUGGAACUCCUGUAACCUGGCACCCAUGUUCUAGGAAGGUCCCAUACCAGGCUCACUUGCCUCCAGACACAGAGACUUUAGGAUGUUCUCUUGUUGUUUUCCCAGGUACCGGGGCUCUGGAUGCCAGAAGCCCCAGUGCGCAGGAUUACUCAGAUGUUGGAGAGGUUUCCUUAACCCACGCUGGCGAUGCCUCAGGAUGUUUUCCAGCAGGUCACAUAAGAGCCACAUGCCACAGAUGGAGGAGAAGCUGAAUGAGAGCCCCUGCUCUACUUCCCUGAAGGAAAGGAGGAAGCCCCAUGCCAUCAGCACGAAGCCGCGCUGGCUCAGGGGUACAAAGGUCACACGCGGGGAUGAUAAUGAGAACUGUGUGCGGUGGACCAUCGAUGCAGGCCUGCUGAAGCAGCGAGUGGAACACCUCGUGCCCGCCUUCCUGGGGAGAGACCCCACAUAUGUCUCCACCUUCUUGGGCACGUACACAACCUUUACUACCACCCAAAAGGUCUUGGAAGUGUUGUUUAUGAGAUACGGAUGCUUCCAUUCGGAGGCUGAGGAGGAUGGCGGACCCCGGGAGCAGGAGAAACUGGCCAUCUCCUCCAUCCUGGGCACCUGGCUGGAUCACUACCCCGAGGACUUUUUCCAGCCUCCAGAUUUCACAAGCUUGAAGUUGCUGCAGGCAUAUGUAGGAGUCCACAUGCCGGGCUCCGAGCUGCAGCGCCGCGCCCGCCUUCUCUACUCAUGGCGGAAACACCGUGAGCCCAAUGAGCCAGAGUCUCUGGCCAUGGCACCAGCUCCAGAGCCACGUUCAGACGUCCCUCAGGAGCGAUCCCCUGCUAUCUCUGUGGUGCCCACUGCAGCCUCGCAGCCCAGGCUGCCUGAAGCCACUAGUUCUCCUGGAGCUCAGCGCAUACGAGAAUCGGAGACCCUCACUGCAGUGUCCCCACCAGGGCAGGAGGUACUCCCAGCUCUGGCUGACAGUCAGGAGCUGGAAGAGCCACCUGCCCCUUUGGUGGCCCCAGAGCAUGAGCAGCCCCCAGCCCCAGCCGGCGGGGUCACGGAAGGGCUGGAACAACCACCUCCUGCUGCUGAGCAACCAGCCUCUGCUCCCCAACAGCGGCUCAUGUCCGCUGCAGCCCCAAAGGAUGAAUUCCCUGACCUUUUCAUUGCGUUCUUUGUCAUUUCUGUAGUUCUUAUAGAGGUAUUUACUGUCCUUAUAUAUUAGUGUUUUAUAAAUAAAAGAUAAACUAAGUUCCAAA